CGGCGUACGCAGCGAAAGCGAAACGGUUCCUCUUCUUGCUUUUGUAUAUUUGAAAUGAGAGAAGAAAUGUGAGAGAGAGAGAGAGAGUAGGUGAGAUAGAGAUGGGUAUAAAAGCCAAGAACUCCCUUCUCUACUCUCCCGACUUUGGAAGAUCCAAACUAGAAGAUCAUAGGGUAUUGUUGAUCAUACCAGCAUUCUCACAACGCACUCUCAUUGGCAAUGAGUGAGUCCUCAACUUCAACAAUUGCAUCCUUGUCAAAGGGAAGCGACUCCAACAAUUUACCAGAGAAAGGGUGCCUUUCCAUUGUUGUGCUUGGUGCUUCAGGAGACCUUGCCAAGAAAAAGACAUUUCCAGCGCUUUUCAAUCUUUAUCGACAGGGAUUCUUGCAACCAAGUGAAGUUCACAUAUUUGGGUAUGCACGAACAAAGCUCUCAGAUGAUGGUUUGAGAGACCGGAUACGAGGACAUCUUACCCAAUGCAACGGAGCUUCAUCCAUUCAGUCAGAAGAUCUUUUGAAGUUUUUACAAUUGGUCAAAUACGUUAGUGGUUCUUACGAUGAUGAGGAUGGUUUUAGAUUGUUGAACAAGGAAAUAUCAGAGCAUGAAUCAUCAAAAAACAGUCAAGAAGGCUCCUCCCGGAGGCUUUUUUACCUUGCACUGCCUCCAUCUGUAUAUCCAUCUGUUUGCAAAAUGGUUAGACAUUUUUGCAUGAACCAAUCUGAUCUUGGUGGAUGGACUCGGAUUGUUGUUGAGAAGCCUUUCGGCAAGGAUUUGAGCUCUGCAGAAGAACUGACUGCCCAGUUGGGAGAGUUGUUUGGUGAAGAACAAAUUUAUCGUAUUGACCACUACUUGGGAAAGGAAUUGGUGCAGAACUUGCUGGUGCUUCGUUUUGCAAAUCGUUUUUUUUUGCCCCUCUGGAAUCGCGACAGCAUUGAUAACAUACAGAUCGUGUUCAGGGAGGAGUUUGGAAUUGAAGGGAGAGGUGGAUAUUUCGAUGAAUAUGGAAUCAUUCGUGAUAUCAUUCAGAAUAAUUUGCUGCAGGUUCUUUGUUUGGUUGCCAUGGAGAAGCCCAUUUCUCUCAACCCUGAGCACAUCCGGGAUGAGAAAGUGAAGGUGCUUCAAUCUAUCCUGCCCAUAGCAGAUGAAGAUGUUGUUCUAGGACAGUACAAGGGUUACACUGAAGACCACACAGUUUCCAACAACUCUAACACCCCAACUUUUGCAACUGUGAUCCUCCAAAUACACAAUGAAAGAUGGGAAGGUGUUCCUUUUAUACUGAAGGCAGGAAAAGCAUUAAACUCAAGUAAAGCAGAAAUUCGUGUCCAAUUUAAGGACGUUCCUGGUGAUAUAUUCAAACGUAAGAAUAAUGAGAGAAACGAAUUCGUUAUACGGUUGCAGCCUUCAGAAACCAUGUACAUGAAGCUAAUGGUCAAGAAACCUGGACUGCAGAUGUCGACAAUACAAAGUGAACUAGACUUGUCUUACAGGCAAAGGUAUCAAGGGGUGACAAUUCCUGAGGCAUACGAGCGAUUAAUACUUGAUGCAAUAAGAGGAGAUCAACAGCAUUUUGUCCGCAGAGAUGAAUUGAAGGCAGCAUGGGAGAUCUUCACCCCUCUGCUACAUAAAAUCGAUGACAGGGCACUGAAGCUACUUCCUUACAAACCAGGCACCCGGGGCCCCAUAGAGGCGGACGAGCUAGUCACAAGAGCUGGUUAUGUGCAAACUCAUGGCUAUAUAUGGGUACCACCUUCCCUGUAACCAAGUUGCAUUGCUUGGAUUUGUACUGUUUACUAGCUAAGUGGGGUUAGGCACAUCUGUAGCAAGCUUGCAUAUAUACAGCAAGUAAACAAGCUCCUCCAUUUUAUUUCCCCUUGCAGCUGCAGGAAAAAAAAAGAGAA